AUGGCGACACCAGUACAGCCUUUCGCAAUACCACCAGAAGUAUUUGCUGGUACUUUAGCUGGUUGGGCGCAGGUUGUAGUUGGACACCCUUUCGAUACAGUCAAAGUUCAACUUCAAACUAACGGUAAACAGUAUCGAAAUGGGGUAGACUGUUUUAAAAUUAUAGCCAAGAAUGAAGCUCUUAUCGGAUUUUACAGAGGCGUUACGUCUCCUUUAGUGGGAAUUGGUGUCUGUAAUGCGGUCUUGUUCAGCACUUAUGCUAAUAUACGUCGAUUGAUCCGAGGUGGUGAUACAACGCGAACUCUCUCAUUACGUGAAACUGGGAUGGCAGGAGCACUUACUGGCUCAGUUAUGGCUUUUGUCAAUACACCAGUAGAAUUAUUAAAAGUUCAAUUACAAACCCAAAAAAAUUCGCCUGUACCUAAUCCAUACAAAGGUGUUUUCGAUGCCGCAAUACGGAUAUAUGUUAACAAAGGGUUUUCCGGUUUAUAUCACGGUCUACCUAUAACGAUUGUUCGCGAUAUUCCAAGCUUUGCAACCUAUUUUUUUGUGUAUGAAGGAACCAAAAAAAUAAUAGGUAAUUAUAACCAUAGCGGAGAUAAGAACAGACUUACUUCCGCAGAGUUGCUGUUUUCGGGAGGAGUAGCUGGAAUUGCCUGUUGGAUUCCUAGGAAAUCAAAUACUCCAAUGUUUCGUUUACUUUCUAAAGGUUUUGGUCCAACAAUGAUGAGGGCUUUUCCUGCUAAUGCUGCAACUUUCUUUGCCUAUGAAAUGGCACUUAAGAUUUUACGCGUCAAAGAUUAA